GUCAAACUUAGUCAGAGCGACGGCAGAGCUGCAGUCCAGAUAAACUUCUGUGUUUCUGUCUGAAAAAAAUUCAUCUGAGUUCAUCUGUUCUUUCUCAACAUCUGACUCAAAUACUGUGUGUAGACAUGUCUGCUGCCAGAUGUCUGAGAUCUGAAGAUCAGUUUCUGUGCUCCAUCUGUCUGGAUGUGUUCACUGAUCCAGUUUCUAUAUCAUGUGGACACAACUUCUGCAAACACUGCAUCACUCAACACUGGGAUACUACUGGUCUAUGUAAGUGUCCCCUGUGUAAAGAGAUAUUCAACAUUAGACCUCAGCUGAAGACCAACACUUUCAUCCGUGAGAUGGUUGCUGAGUUCAGACAUGAAGCUCAACAGAAAGCCAGCAGCAGCAGCUCAAAGCAACAAGCUGCCAAACCAGGGGAAGUUCCCUGUGACAUCUGCACUGGAACCAAACUGAAGGCCCUGAAGUCCUGCCUGGUGUGUCUGCUCUCCUACUGUGACUCUCACCUGGAGCCUCAUCUGACAAUGUCAGGCCUGAAAAGACAUCAGCUGAUCCACCCUGUGGACAACCUGGAAGACAGGAUGUGUAGGAAGCACGAUAAACCUCUGGAGCUGUUCUGUAAGACCGACCAGACAUGUGUCUGCAUGCUCUGCUCCGUUUUAGACCACAAGACACAUGAAUUUGUUCCUCUGAAAGAAGAAUAUGAAGGAAAGAAGGUAGAGCUGGGGAAGACAGAGGAGGAAAUUCAGCAGAUGAUCCAGAAGAGACGACUGAAGAUUGAGGAGAUGAAAGAGUCAGUGAAGAUGAGUAAAGUUGCUGCAGACAGAGAGAAAGCAGAAGGUGUUCAGGUCUUCACUGCUCUGAAGGAGUCUGUUGAGAGAGGCCUGGACAAGCUCAACAAGGAGAUCGAAGACAAACAGAAAACAACAAAGAAACAGGCUAAACAUUUCAUCAAAGAUCUGGAACAGGAAGUCUCUGAGCUGAUGAAGAGGAGCUCUGAGGUAAAGCAGCUGUCACGCUCUGAAGACCACCUCCACCUCCUCCAAAGCUUCUCCUCCCUGAAAGCUGCUCCACCCACCAAGGACUGGACAGAGGUCAGUGUCUGUCCACCAUCAUAUGAGGGGACUGUGGUGAGAGCUGUGACUCAGCUGGAGGAGACACUCAGUAAAGACAUGAAGAUGCUGGUUGAGGCUGAGCUGAAGAGGGUCCAGCAGUAUGCAGUGGAUGUGACUCUAGAUCCUGAUACAGCACAUCCUAAACUCAUCCUGUCUAAUGAUAGAAAACAAGUUCACUGUGGUGACGUGAGGAAGAAGCGUCUAGGCAACCCAAAGAGAUUUUCUAGAUGUGUCAUUGUUUUAGGAAAGAAGAGUUUCUCUUCAGGCAGAUUUUACUUUCAGGUUCAGGUUAAAGAAAAGACCAAAUGGGAUCUAGGAGUGGCCAGAGAGUCAAUCAACAGGAAGGGAAGCAUCACUCUGAGUCCUAGGAAUGGUUACUGGUGUGUAAGUUUGAGAAAUGGAAAUGAACAUACAGCCAAUGUUAGUCGUCCAGUACAUCUCUCUCUUGGUUCUCGUCCUGAGAUGGUGGGGGUGUUUGUGGAUUAUGAGGAGGGUCUGGUCUCCUUUCAUGAUGUAGAUACUGCAGCUCUUAUCUACUCCUUUACUGGCUGCUCCUUCGAUGACAAACUUUAUCCAUACUUCAGUCCCUGUACGAAUGAUGGUGGUGAAAACUCUUCACCUCUGAUCAUCUGUCCUGUUGACUCAUACGAUGAGGAAACUGAUGAUUUCAUUGAUUUAUUUUCAUAAGAGAACAAAUGUCCCGUUUGUUUUCUACAAAUCUCACAUUAGUGGUUAUUUAGAGUUCGUUCUAAGUUUAAGUGUUGUGUAUAUCCCAAUACAAUUAUGCGGUGCAUUCAUCUAGAAUGCUCAUAAUAUGGAGACUCUCUCUUUAAAUAUCUGUGAAAUGCUUAAAGUUGUAUGAGUUUAAGAGUUUA